GCACACAAUAGCGGAAGUCGGGAGGAGUGAAUCCUCUCGCUCUCACGUAUCGACCUGCGCGUUUCUGGCAGCUCAGGGAAGCUAGCACGUUUCUUUCAGAGUCGGAGUGACGCUCGAGUUCCCCUUCUGCCAGCUUUCUCUCUUCGUAUUCUUCCUAACUCCAUCCAAGAACGACCACGCACAGCGACGGCGAGAUUUGCUCCCACGGUGGUUUCUUCUUAUUAUGGCUGUUAGCAGCACCAAGACAGUGUACGAGAUUUUCCAAAGCAUGGAGUACGGGCCAGCAGCAACUUCUAGCACUGCUACUGCACAGGCCUGGCUGGAGCAUCGUUCCCGUUCUCUGGGUCUCUUCAUUGACGGUAAAUUUGUCUGUUCAGCAGACGGGCGGAGCUGCUCCCUGGCUGAUUCUAAAGGAAGUAUUGUAUGCAGCACAGCAUGCGCUGAAGAAGCUGAUAUUUCCCAGUGUGCCUCCUCUGCUGUUAACGGUUUCAAGUCCUGGAGCAGCCUGAGCUGCAACGAAAGGGCCAAAGUGCUCCUCAGGUUGGUGAGUGUCCUCGGGCAGCACGGCCAGUGUCUCUCAGAGUUGUGUGAGCUCUGUGAGGCCUCCUGCGCCACUGCCGCCCUGGUCAGGCUGCUGCAGUUCUACAGCAGCUGGGCGCAGCUCAGAGACACACUCCUCACUGACUGGACACCUCUGGGUGUGGUGGCAGUGGUGACCUCGAAAGACUGUCCUCUCUAUUCUCUUCUGCUCAAAGUCCUGCCAGCACUGGCUAUGGGUAAAACACACACUGAUAUCUUAAUUACUAUCAAAUGUAUCCAGAUCUUUGAUAUGGGAAAAAACAUCAAAGCACUUCUCUCAUCAACCACCAAAGAGCCCUGCAGCCUGUGGUUAUACAAAAAUGUUUCCCUGCUCUUUGAGGACGGAGUGAUGCUGUGUAAGGCCACAGCAGGGAUGAGAGUUCCUGUGGCGGUGUCACCGUGCGUAGGCUCCACCUGUCCCUUCAUCAUCUUUGAGUCGGCAGACAUUAACAGUGCCGUGGAUGAGGUGAUGGAGGCCGCCUUCAGGAAGAAGAAAGAGGUCUUCUGGGUGUUGUGUGUGCAGGAGAGUGUGGUGGACAGUGUUGUUGCCCAUCUCCGGUUGCGAAUGGCCAAGAUGAAAUGUGUGACCCUGCCCAGUGAGGCAAACAGGGAACGGGUGGAUGCUGCUGUGCAGGAGGCUCAGCAGCUGGGAGCCACGUUGGUUCAGUCCUGUGCUGAUCCCACGUCAGGUGCCCAGUAUCCUUCCACUGUGCUCUGUGGGGUGGCCCCCUCCUCACCAUGUGUGCUCGACCCCUGUCCCGGACCACUGCUGCCCCUCAUGACCUUCAGAAGCAACACAGAAGCCGUGACUCUUGGGAACCACAGUCCUCACGGUCAGGCAGCAUCCAUCUGGACCGAAGACCUCACCCUCGCUCUGGAGACAGCUCAGAGGUUGUCAGUUGGCUCUGUGUGGGUGAAUUCCCACUCCAUCUGUGACCCCUGUCUGCCCGUCUCCGGUCACAAAGACAGCGGGACCUGCACCGAUGGAGGACAGGAGGGUCUGUACCAGUUUCUACGCCCCUCCUCUUCCUCCCCCCCUCUUCCUCGCUCCUCUCCCGUCUCCAUGGACUACACGCAGUUUGGAACAGAAACGUCCCCACCUAUCAUUCCUGCUGAGUCGGACCCUGCCAGAGCCCCUCAGUCCCACCUGCAGUUUGUUGCUGGUAAAGCAUGUAAGUCAGUGUCUGGCUGCAGUGUGGCUGUGCAGCCACCAGGUGGUGGUCUGUUGGCCUACUGCCCAGACGGGGGCCGGAAGGACGUUCGCAAUGCUGUGGAGGCUGCUGUCAAAGUCCAGCCAGGCUGGAUGAAAAAGAGCCCGUCUGCACGUGCCCAGUCACUCUACUCUCUGGCCAAGGGCCUUGAGGCGAAGAGGCGGGACAUAGCUGCAGCAAUCAACACACAGACCGGCCUGUCAAUGGACGAGGCUGAGAAGGAGGUGGAGCUCAGCAUUACCAGGCUCAGCGUUUGGGCCGCUUACUGUGACAAAGUCCAGGGAGGAGCGCUGCCCAUGCCAAACUCGGGCUCCGCUCUCUCCAUCCCUGAAGCCCUGGGAGUCAUGGGGGUUGUCCUACCUGACUACAAUCCCCUCCUCUCCAUGGUAACCGUGCUUGGGGCAACUAUUGCCACAGGCAAUGCUGUUAUUAUGGUCCCCAGUCAAAAGUAUCCACUGCCUGUCUUGGCAUUCAUUAAGGUGCUCCAGUCCUCGGACUUGCCAGCAGGUCUGGUAAACGUUAUUACAGGAAGUCGAGACCAGCUGACUGUGGCUCUGGCUAAUCACAGUGUCAUCAAGGCCAUCUGGUACUGGGGCAGUGCUGAGGGCUGCCAGUACCUCCAGUACACCUGCACUAGUCCACUAAAAACCCUGCGCCUGUGUGAGGACCAGGAAGGGAAAGACGGGGAGCUAGACUGGACUCGGUGCCGUCCGUCAUUCCUGGAAGAAAUGUGGAGAAGCACUGUGCAGUGGAAGAGUGUGUGGAUUCCUACAGCUUAAAACAGAACGGCAGGAAGAAGGAACAGAGUUACAGUUUGGAUCAUGGAGCGUUUGACUGUGACCUGAAAAAGCAGAAAUCAUCAGGGGAGGAGGGAUUUUAAAAGCAAAAACAUUCGAUGUUAAAUUACAUUUUGAGAUUAUGUUAGGAAUGGCUGACACAAAGCACUUAAUAGACAGACGAGGGAUUCAAUGCAGCUCACACGUUAACAGUGUUGCUGACUUAUGAGCUGAUUUUUGUUGCCAACACGGUUUAAAAAUGAUCCUAAAAUGGAAAAUGUGGCGAUUCACUGUGAUUAAGACGAAAGGUUUUUCCCUUUUACGUCCCUGUGACGGUCAAUGCAGAGACCCUAAAAACAUUUCACUGUUUUCAUUUAAAUGUAUGUCGGUUUACUGAAGAUUAUCGAGCAGAGCUGUAGCUGCCCGUCAGAAGAAUCGAUUCAUUGUUGAGUUUGUCAUUUUGGUUUUUAAAUAAAUAUAAAAAACAAUGCUAGCCAAAGUAACAUCCGUUAGAACUACUGCAACGUUUUGCUUGAUUAGUCAAAACAAUAAACCUGCAGGUUUAUUAACAAUAGCUGCUCUUUAGUAAUUCCUCUAUUUUAGUCAUAACAGGCCAUCAUGAUAAUAACCCUGCGGAUUUUCUACCUCUGUUAUGCGUAUUUUAAUUAACCCUCACAUGUCUGAUCAGGUAUCACAAGUUAUUUCAAAGUAGGUCAUGUUCACAUUUCUUUCCACGUUAACGAAUAAUCCACGUGAACCGUGACAAACCUCAGGAGAACUUUGGCUCCGAUUAUUGCGCCUGUGUUGCAGGGUCAGUGCAUAUUAAAUAGAUAAAGUUGUGUUAUGGGCUUGAGCAUGCUCUGUGGGGGCCAUUCCACUUCCUGCUCAGAAGUUAAGACAGACAGAAAUGAGGUGCAAUUCAGAAAAGGUCACAGCAGGGGGCGCUCACAAGGUAGUUCUCAGUGAUCAGGAGUGAAUACAGAUAAACGUGAACAAUACAUAUAUUUUUUAUUUUGUUUUUGACAAUACAGCAACACUUAUGUACUAAAGUUUUUCUGAGAGAAAAGCCAAAAAAAUGCUUCCAAUCUGGUGACGUAUGCUGAGAGGUCCUCGAAAAAACCCUUUGUGGCUCCUGUUUCUAAACAGCAACUAAAACACACAUUAGAUGUGCGGUUUAACUACAACAGAACCUUACACGUAUAGGAAGCAGCAGGUAUCAGAGGCUUCAACACAGCUAGCCGCUGUUUGUGUUCGCUGGCUUGACAAAACCUAAAAGCCCAGUUGGAGAUAACAGGAACCUCGACGCUGGUUCUCAGCUUUCUCCUGUCGUAGCUGCAAAUCCAGCUACGUGCAUAAGAUUAGGCAGCAGAUUUGAAUGAAGUAUAAAAACAUUUGUUCAUUUUUUUGCAGUUUGCACUUCUGUAACUUUACAGCUGGUCUUCAUUCAGUCAGUUUAAUAAAGUCUGGCUUAACAAUCAUGCAGGUACUUAAAACACGCUGUAAAGAACGGAUCCAGAGAAAAUGUUUUACUUCAGGAUCUUUCUAAACCAAAGCUGUGUUCAGCAUAAGUUACCAUGGUGAUUUAGUAGAAAGAGAGCAACUUUUGUGACACAGGAAACUCUUUAAGCUCAACAUGGCUGACUGAGGAUUUAAUCGAGCUUCGCAGUGCACCACUCGGGCGGCUCCUGCACACUUCAUGCCUGUAAAUGUUCUGUGGAGCUAUGAUGUAUUUCUUUACUUAGUGGUUUACUACAAAUCAAAUGUGCAGAGCCCUUCGACUUAAAAUCUAAUGAUAUUUUCCAAAGAAAAGUGUCCGCCCAAAAUGUAAAAUUUUGGACUGCAUCUCUGUCGUCCACUGUUCAUUCAGAACGGUCUUGUGAGUGCCCCGUAUAAAAACCCUGAACUCCAGAGAGUGUUUGUUGCUUUAUUCUCAAGCUGCCAGAAGCAGCUACAGUUUGUGUGAUUUGCCCCGGUGUCAGAAUAACAAGCAUUUAGCUCAAGUUUGCACUCCUGGAGCUUCUAAAGAAUUAUGGUCUGCAUCUUGGUGCUAAUUAUGCUGUUCGCAUCUGAGCAAUCAAAUCACACCAAAGGGAGUCCAGUUUAACUGCACUGAAAAGAGUUCUCCGUUGAAAUAUCUCAGCUGGGGGGAACUAUGCAUACUCUGCAACUAGAAGCCGCGUCAGCCUUACAGAUCUGUCAGUGACUCAGCAAAACAAACAAAAAGCAGCAGCACAUGGAUCCAACUUCCUGUGUCAUGUGUCUUUUGCUGUACAUUAAUACUGUAAUUUGUAGCCAUGAAAGGUCAAAUCUGACUCUGUCGUGCAAAAACAUUCCAAGUGACAUUUCAUUUGUUUCCAAAUUCACAUUGUGAAAUAAAACCAAUAAA